UUUACACGCAGGUUCUGGUUCGGUUCCGUUCGCAGCAUCACCUCAGCUCUGUGAUUAAAAGAGUAAUUCUUUGUUGGCACAUUCUGGUGGUCAGUGUGAGGCAUGCCAGCACGGCCGUGCCGUCAGCAGGCGCACGCCCAGGUCCCUCCUCCUCCUCCUCCUCCUCCUCCUCCUCCUCCUCGGCUCCGCUCGCAGCAGCGCUGACUGGCAGGGUUUGGCGCCGCGCUGCUCGGGUUUCUCCGCUGCAGAGCUCUGUCUGUCGGUCUUCUCCGCCCCCUCCCUCCUCGCACUUUGACGGGAAGUUUUCCAGACACAGAUGCUCCUCGGUCCUCGGUGCACCCCAGGAGUCGGCGGUAUGGAGCGGCUUUAAGAAACACCAGAAGAAAGAGGACAGGGCGGAGGGAGUCGGAACCUGAAGGAACCUGGAAGGAUGACAGAGUUCAGAAUGAGAGAUGGAUAUGUUUUCUACCGUCCGGGGAUUUUCUGAGUUGAAGUGGAAGCAGGAUAUGGCAGACUGGAGUUGAGCCGGUCUCUGGAAGUACCCCCCUCCCUCGACUGCCAGUCAGGACCAGUGGGUGCAGCUGUGGACCCCUUUUCGAGAACAUUCCUCCUCUGGAUAUUAUGGCUGAAAGGCUGAAUCUGACCGGCCUGCUGACUAUGCCCCAGAGCCCCACCUCCAGUGAGGAUGAGAUGGCCGAGAGCUUUUCGGACUAUUCCGACGACUGUGCCUCAGACAGUUCCCACGAAGAAACCAUCUACGAGACCAUAAGGGCCACAGCUGAUCCGUCGCGGAACCACAUGGACGACAUUCACACCAACUCCCUGGUCAUCCGCAUCCUCAUCCCAGAUCUGCAGCAGACGAAGUGCAUGCGGUUCAAUCCCAACGCCACAGUCUGGGUUGCCAAGCAGCGGAUCCUCUGCACACUUAAUCAAACCCUAAAGGACGUGCUCAACUAUGGGCUCUUCCAGCCAGCCAGCAACGGGCAAGACGGCAAGUUCCUCGAUGAAGAGCGCAUCCUCCGGGAGUAUCCACAGCCAAUCAGCAAGGGCGUCCCAUGUCUGGAGUUUCGCUACAAGAACAGAGUCUACCGGGAACCCAAUGUCAAUGAGAAGCAGAUCGCCAAGCUUCACACAAAGGCCAAUUUAAGGAAGUUCAUGGACUUCAUUCAAUAUGAUCAGGUGGAAAAAGUUGCCAAGAUGUUGGAGAGAGGCUUCGAUCCCAACUACCAUGACAGUGACACAGGAGAGAGUCCUCUGACGUUCGCUGCUCAUCUGGACAACAUGGUGGAGAUGAUCAAGGUGCUGAAGAACGGGGGAGCUCAUCUGGACUUCAGAGCCAAAGAUGGCAUGACCGCCCUUCACAAAGCCUCACGGUCCAAGAACCAUGUCAUACUAAUGGCUCUGCUGGAGCUGGGAGCCUCUCCUGAUUACAAGGACAGCCGCGGCCUGACUCCUCUGUAUCACAGCGUGGUGGUGGGGGGGGACCCGGGCUGCUGCGAGCUCCUGCUUAAACACCACGCCUCCAUGUGCUGCCAGGAUGAAAACGGCUGGCACGAGGUUCACCAGGCAUGCCGUCAUGGACACGUGCAGCACCUGGAACAUCUACUGUUCUAUGGAGCAGACAUGAGCGCCCAGAACGCCUCCGGGAACACAGCUCUGCACAUCUGCGCCCUCUACAACCAGGAUAACUGUGCCAGAGUGCUUCUCGCUCGAGGAGCUGACAAGGAGGUGAAGAACUACAACUGCCAGAGUCCUUUCCAGGUGGCCAUUAUUGCUGGGAACUUUGAGCUUGCUGAGCUCAUCAAGAAUCACAAAGACUCCGACAUUGUGCCUUUCCGUGAGGCUCCAGCGUACUCAAAGCGCCAGCGGGGCCCGUCCUCUGGCAGCGGAAACGGCCAGUCCUCAUCCUCGUUAUCGGCGCCACGGGUCCUCCUCCGCUCCAACAGUGACAACAACUUAGCGGUCAGAGACUACCAGCAGCAGCAGCUCAGUUCUCCUGGCAUCUGGGUCCCCCAGCUGCAGCAGCACCAACACACCAAGGCUAACCAGCAUAGGGGCCCCAAGCAGGGUCACCCGCAGCCUGGCUCCUCAGCAUUACACCGCAGCCUGUCACCCCAGCUGGUCCAGCAGAUGCCCAGCGGCAGCCCCAAUGGCACCGUGGUGGUCAGGACCAUGGGGAGGGGGGCAAGGAGUCGGUCGCCCUCUCUUAGUCGGCUGGGGGAGGAGGCCAGACGGACCCAGCCUUCACAGCGUCAGCCCGGUCCCAUCAGUCACGGCGAGGCUCUCGGCACCAGAAGAAAGCUGUAUAGCGCCGUUCCUGGGAGGCACUUCGUGGUGGUUCGUCCCUACAGCGUCCAGGCGGAGGGGGAGAUUAACCUCUACAAGGGAGACAGGGUCAAAGUUCUGAGCAUCGGAGAGGGAGGCUUCUGGGAGGGCAGCACCCGCGGCCAGGUGGGCUGGUUUCCAGCUGACUGUGUGGAGGAGAUCCAGGCCAAGGCCGCCGACGAGAGGAGCUAUUCUCGAGCGGAUCGCGCUGACAGACGAAAACUCUUCAGACAUUAUACAGUGGGCUCCUAUGACAGCUUCGAUGCUUCCAGUGACUGCGUGGUGGACGAGAAGACGGUGGUGCUCCAGAAGAAGGAGAACGAGGGCUUCGGCUUCGUCCUGCGGGGGGCCAAAGCGGAUACACCCAUCGAGGAGUUUACCCCCACGCCGGCCUUCCCGGCGUUGCAGUACCUGGAGUCGGUUGAUGAGGGGGGAGUGGCCUGGCAGGCGGGGCUCCGGACGGGGGACUUCCUCAUUGAGGUAAACCAGGAGAAUGUGGUGAAGGUGGGCCACAGGCAGGUAGUCAACAUGAUCCGGCAGGGGGGUAACCGGCUCCUGAUCAAGGUGGUGACGGUCAGCCGGAAUCUGGACCCUGAGGACACCGCACGCAAAAAAGCCCCUCCACCCCCGAAGAGAGCCCCCACCACAGCGCUGUCCAUGCGCUCCAAGUCCAUGACCUCAGAGCUGGAGGAACUCGUGGACAAAGCCACUCUAAGGAAAAAGAAAGGUGAUGCGCAGAAGAAGAGGAUUGUUUUCCAAGUCACUCUAAACAAAGUGGAAGAAAUGACGCACGCCCAAAAGGCCUCACCUGUGGACACAAAGAUCGCCACCAUUAAACCACGCCCCUCCAGUCGCUGCCUGGUUACGCCCACUGACAUGAAUUCCCUGUAUCAUGACCGUCAGGGCGUUGCCGUGGUGCCGCCCACCGUGCCGGGAGCCUUCCUGGGUCUUCCUGAAAAGGGCACUAUAAAGAAGCAGAAGUCCAUAGGGACUUCAGAGGAUGAGAAGCAGGGAUUCCUCACCCCUCCCCUGCUCAAAUUCUCACGCAGCCUGUCCAUGCCGGACACAUCCGAGGACAUCCCUCCUCCACCAGCCAUUUCCCCCCCUUCACCACCUGCCUACAACUCUGGUCCCACAACUAAGAACUACAGCACCACUCGAUCUGGCUUCACCCAGAACUCGCCAAACGCAGUGACGACCAUCAGCAAAGCCACCGAUGUCAGUACAUUGAGACGUGGAUAUUUCCGCCAGAGUUCCGAGCAGUUUGAGAGCAUACGCAGUCGAGGGCGCACCCCAGUGCCCGAGAACCCAUACUCUGAAGUGGGCAAUAAGACGCUUUACGUGCCAGCAAAACCUGCAAGGAAAAAGGGGAUGCUAGUGAAGCAGUCCAACGUGGAGGACAGUCCAGAGAAAUCAUGCAACAUGCCAUCGAGUCCCUCAGGUCCUGUUUCCAUGCCCACUACACCCGUGGAAAGAACGUGCUCUUCAAUCCCCAUCCCCACCAUCAUCGUUAAAGAGCCUUCCACGAGCAGCAGUGGCAAGAGCAGCCAGGGUAGCAGUAUGGAGAUUGAGCCGACCACCCCUGAACAUCCACCACUCACGCCCUCUGUGGGUGGAGGCUUGCGGCCCGAGGACCCACUUUCGCUUGGCAAUCCAUUUGCGGCAGCUAUCGCGGGGGCAGUUCGGGACCGCGAGAAAAGGCUAGAAGCCAAGAAAAACUCAGUUGCCUUCCAGUCCAUCGACAUAGGUGAUGAUGAAAUGAGCGGUCCCGCACCAACUCCUCGUCUCCGUCAGUCAAAGUCCAUAGAUGAGGGCAUGUUCAGCAGCGAUGAGCGUCUUCGACGGAUUUUGGCACCACUGUCUUCGAAGCAACUCGGCCCCCCAGUCGGUGGUGGGAGUGGUAACAUGACAGACUUUAACACUCCUGAGCCCACUGUUGUACGGGAGCCUCUGAACACCAGAACCGGCCAGUGUCCCAAUCUAGACAGCCCCGUCAGUCUCCCAGCCACUCCCCCUAAGAGCCACUACAAAGCCAACGGGACUUACCUCCAUCCUGUCACUGGCAAACCUUUGGACCCCAACUCCCCGCUGGCUCUGGCAUUGGCAGCUCGCGACCGGGCCAUGAAGGACCAACAGAACCAUUCUCAGAAUCAGCCAACAAAUCCACCUCAGGUUCAGCAAACACCCAAGCAUGAAGCCCAGUCCCUGCCUCUGCAGCAGAGUCAUAAACCAGACCUCAACCAGCCACUGUUUAUUGACACCAAACUGCGCUCUGGGAUAGAGACAAGCUUCGCAGCAAUCUCCACAGCAACUAUGGGGCGACCAGGCCGGGGCGGGCUGCGGCGGCAAAUGACGGAGCAGAAGUAUGAAUCAGACGGAGCGCGAGAGGAGCGGCUGCAUCGCCCUGUUGAGGAGAGAAAAAGCGCGCCGGUGGAUAUGACCGAAACAUCACAGCCCAAAUCAGCAGGACUGCUGAUGGUUCACAAAAGCACAGAAGGCACGAGCAGCAAGCCAAACAGCCAGGAGAAAGAAGUUCAGGACAGCAACCGCCCGUCUGAGCUGAAGGACCCCAACCAUCCCGACCCCCACGGCGUUCCCACCCUGCCUUCCAGUGCCCAGUCUGCUGCAUCGCGGAGGAGGAGUGUUCCCUUAGGGGAGUCCCUGGAGGAACCAGUGAAACUCCCUUUCCGCAUCCCACCCCCACCUUUGGCCUCAGUCGACAUUGAUGAAGAAUUUGAAUUCUCAGAGCCCCUCCCACCACCACUGGAGUUUGCGAACAGUAUUGACAUUCCUGAUGACCAGGCUAGUGCUUUUGCAGAGAUGCUUCAGCAACAAAGACGUAACGGAGGACCCCUUCUACCCCCUUACCACCCACAUGCCCCACCACCAGUCAUGGACCAACACAAGCGGAUGGCAAACAGCAUGCCUCCUUCAUACCCUCCUGCUCCACAUGACCCAGAGUCAGGGGUGGGCGACUCAGGCAUCGAGGAGGUAGACAGUCGCAGCAGUGGGGAUCCUCAGCACAUGGAGACUACCAGCACCGUUUCCAGCAUCUCCACCCUGUCUUCAGAAGGAGGCUUCUGUGACAGCGCAUUGGAGAGCCUCUACGCCACUGCAGACGGUCAUGCCUUCCUGGUGGAUCGGCCUCCUGUCCCGCCCAAGCCCAAGGGCAAGUCCGUCAUCAACAGAACGUCGCUUUAUCACGACACUCUUAUUGAAGAGCCUCCCGAGUCUUAUGGGUCACCAACUCAGGCCCCUCCUCCUUCAUCCUCUGAUUCCCCGAGGACCCCUUCCCAAAGGACGUCCAAGCUGUGGGGUGAUCAGCCCCCUGAAUUACGAAGUCCCCCCUCCACUGCAGACACCAAAAACACCGUGAUCACCGAGCUGAGCUCCAUCCUGCAGCACAUGAACAAGCCAGCCAAGCCAGGAGAGAACCUGGACUCUCCCACAGGAACCAGAGGGGGCUUUGGAACCAGGCCUCCAACAGACGACUCAGGGAUCCGUAACAACGCCGCCGGCCUCACCUCCACGCCCCCCAGCAGCCUCCCAUCGCAGGCCCACACCUGCAGCCCCCCGGACUCUGCCUCCUCCCUCACCCCCUGCUCCUCACUGCCACCCUCGGUGUCACCCACCCUGACGGACGUCUUCGGCCUGCCCACGCCGCCAAUGGGCAGCGGUGGGGGCUACAGCCUGAGCUCCUCGUGUGGCGGCAGCGGGAGCUCGCGCUCCCCAUCGCCGCUCACGCUUAUGCAGGCGGUGGCAGCAUCUGGAAAGCCCUUUGCCUCCAAACCAGUGGAGCUGUGGAGCAAGCACGACGUGGCGGACUGGCUGGAGAGCCUGAACCUGGGGGAGCACAAGGACGCUUUCCUGGACAAUGAGAUCGAAGGAGCCCACCUGCCCUCCCUGCAGAAAGAGGACCUGAUAGACCUGGGCGUGACCAGAGUGGGCCACCGCAUGAACAUUGAGAGGGCCCUCAAGCUGCUGCAGGACAGAUAAGCUCCCCAGGGCAACGGGUUCCUGCCCCGCACGGAUCAGUCUCUAAUCUGAAGCUGUGGGGAUGGGGGGGUCCGAGCGGAAGCUUCCUCCGGCUGGUUUUGUCCUCUCAUCCUCCUUUGUUGCCCUCAUCGCACCGCUCUGGUUUGUCUCUUCUUCCUCAUUCCCGCUUUCCUGAGCAUCCUGGGAUCAGGGAAGUUGGGAGGAAUCCUGAGGGGGGGGGGGUUUGGGGUCGCUGCUAUGUCCCAACAGAGGAGGAGGUGCGGGAGACUCUGGAGGAUCACAAACAAGCUCGUCUUGAGUUUUGUGUCCCAGGCGGACUUGUGCUCUCCUGUCUGCUUUGGAAUACUGAAGACUUUUUCCACGGGGGGAGGGGGGGGGGCACCAACAACCAGCUGAGCUGGUCGCUCUUCUUUUCUAUCUUUGCUAGAGUUUGUUCAGAGAAUAUUUCUUCACUAGAGUCUACCGGAGUUAUAUUUCUGACUGCAUCAAAGGUUGUAGAGAAAACUUUUAGAUAGACUUCACUGUUUUCACCUGUUUGUGUCAAGAUAAGAGCAUCAGCCGGCACAUUGUAACUAAUGCCAAACCACCACCUCACCCAAGUUAUGCACAGUGCCACACUGUGUGGGGGGGGUUGACGGCCGUCACGGCCAUGCAGAGUCCUCGUCUGGAUGCAGGGAAAACCGAGGCGACCACACAGUCGUGGAGGCGGGAACGUAUGGCUGGGGCUUCCUGAAACCUGUGUCCAGCUGCAGAAAUACUCCACCUCUCCUCGCUUUUCCUUCAUCAUCUCUCGGCCUGCAUGUGCGGUAACAGUUGACCCGGCAGAACAGAGGAGGUGUUGCUGCUGCGCUUCAUUCCCCCUCCAUCCUCUUAAGGCUCACCUUCAGCAGGUCAGCACUCACAAACGCCCCCCGGCCCCUCAGUGGUGCUGGGGGUCCGACAGGUCUGUCAGAGGAGGGACGGCAGGGGUUUUUUGAGGAAACAUUUUGGGAAAUAUGCCAGUUUGCUUUCCUGAUGGUGUUCAUGAAUUUGGUUGGAAACAAACCGAACAAAAGAGCAGAAAUUCUUCCCGUCCAGGUUUGGAUUCUGUAGAUUAAAGCAGCAGGUCCUCAUCAGGUCCAUCCCCUCUGCAGCUCAGUGAUGCUCUGACAUGAGCUUCACAUCCAAAUCUGCCACAGUUAUUUACAAAAGGAGCUAAAGUACAACGUAUGGCUUCAUAUGCAACAAACUACAGUUCAGAAUGAAAAACUCAAACUCUCUCUCACUCUCAUGGCAGGUUUGUGCUUGAGAUGUCAUCACAUUAUCUGAGUGAGUCAGACUCACAGAGAAGUCAGGCUUUGAAUACGUUUAGUUUAAUCAUUUUUAUUAAUCAUACUGAAAAAAAUGAUUAAGACGCUGAGCUGCAGGAAUCAAACAUUUCACCACAUUUACGUCUUUUAGACGAUACAUCAAAACAGAAAAUGUUAUUCUGUCUUUUUGUUUUGUUGAUCAAAAGUAUCAACGGUUGCAUCUGUGAUGUCCGACAGUCUCUUUUCACCGAUGUGCUCCACAGUUCAAGUGUGAUUCUGUCCCGUUUGGGACAAUAGUGCAAACAUUUACCAUGGGGAGGGGGGGCGUUUGUGGUCAUUUCUGUCAGGCGUCCUCAAAGCGUGGAGAGAAAUGACAGUGAGCUGAAGAUGUUCACCGUCGCCUUGACAAAAGCUUGUUCAUUCACCCACCGUCUGCUGGCUUUCUCAGAUGUGGAGAAAAAACAUUUAAUAAUAACAAUAACAACGAAUUAUGUGUAAAAAGAACUUUUCAAAACACUGAAAAAAGAUAAACACAACUUUACAUUUUUCUGGAGGGUGGUGAGCCCUCAGGUAAAAGUUGCGUGAAGUUUGGCUCAUGUUCAGACUGUCUCCAGCCACUUAAGCCCCAGAGCUGAGAGCUAAGCGGCCUUUAGGCUGUGAGAAACCAAGAUGUGCCACUGAUAAACCAGGUCUGUCAGAAAGACCUGUGAGGGGAGGUAAUCGAGUUCUCUAAAGUCGGAUUUGAUCCAAACAGUCGCAGUUGUCAUGCAGAGAGAACAGAGAAAACCCCUUCCACAUUUCUGCUUCAGCAGCUCAUGUGGUCAGACGCCGCCAUUGGAGGUUCUUGUUGUCUCAGCUGAUGUCCAAGAGCAGGAGUGAGGACGAGGCGUCUGCAUCUGCAGGCAGCUGCUCUGUGGAUGUGAUGGAGAGGCUCUGUUCUACUGGCCUUCAACUUUUUAUAGAACACAUGAUGCUAGUAAAAUCAGGAAUAACUGAACACAGCAGCUGACUGUGGAUGUUCUUCUUUUGGCCAGAUAACCAUGAAAAGGCCAAGGCAGUGAUGAUAAGUCAGCCUGAUGGCGCCAAACUAGUAAUGGAAGCAGCUUUUGAGCUCCAGACUAGCGAUACAACAGAUCGUUAGCUCCAGACUAGCGAUACAACAGAUCGUUAGCUCCAGACUAGCGACGGAACCACCUUGUGGCUCAUAAUUAGCAAUGGAAGCUAAUUAGCUCCAAACUAGUGAUGGAACCAGAUGGGUGGUUCAAAACUAGCAAUGAAACCAUCUUGUUAGCUUCAAUCUGGAACCAGCUGGGUGUAAAAGGAGGAGCACUCAAAGUCACAGACGUCAGACCACAAGAUGAAAGUGUUUUUCACAGCGUUCAGACGGCUCUGCCCUUCCAGUCCUGCGGUUCUUGUGCUGUGAUUAAACACCAGCUACUCCUGACACCAGUCCAUCUUCAACAAGACGGUCCACUUUCCCGUCGGUGUUCCCCCAACCUCAGCAGUGAUGGCAUACUUCUCUGUGAUUGGCUGAAAACUCACACAGUGACAGAUGACUUCAUUCACUGUCCUUCAUCCUGCAUGAGUGAUUCCCAGCUGCCUCAUCUUCACACCUUCAUCAGAAGCUGCUGUAAAAAGAGGAAAAAACUCAGGAACUCUUUUAUAUGUUCAUGAAGACGACAAAGAGAGUGAGGCGGCUUUGACCUGACGGGCUGCUGCAUACCACAAAUAAGUUAAGAUGUAAAUAAUUAUACAGCAAAAUCCCAACAAACUGUUGGAACAUAAAUGUCCCCAGAUGCCUGGACCUGCACAUUCCUCUCUCUUUGUCAUUGUUCACAUUUAUACAUUUGCAGCAUCACAAUCAAAAUUUCUCUCUGACUCAGAAACUAAGAGAGGAACAGCCUGAGAAAAGGGGGAGCUGUUUAGAGAACUGUGAUAUGAAGUGAGAGCAAACCUCUGCCAUCACCUUUGCUAACAUUUCAGAAACCUCUUAAAAAUGAAGAAGCUGAUUUGUACAAAAACAUUGGAAAGAAAAUACGGUGAAAUAUUUCUGGAGCAGUUACAGCUCCUGAAAACAGCCCAGCAGGCUGCUGAUUUCUGGACUUCAGCAUGUUCUUGUGAGCAUGUCAGAAACCAUCCAUCUGGGCCUGCAGUCACCAUGGCAACAGAAGAUACACCGAUCAGACGAACCAAAGAUCUCUGCAGAGAUUUCCGUUUUUGGAAACAAACCUGUGUAUUUCCCAAAAGGUGGUGUUUUUCCUCGGUUGUAUAAAGGAAGCACUUUACUGCAUUUGAAUCCCAUCGAAGACUUUUUUCUGCUGUUUUGGAUAAUUAUUAAAUACAUUUUCAAGCAUGCACAGCGACAUUUUACUGGAGAUAAAUAGUAUUUUGUAUUGACAAAGAGACUUUCUACACUUUUGUGCAGCACUCUUUGCUAACUAAAAGGCUAGCUGGUGCCUGAGUCCUGCUAAAAGUCCUGCUAAAACGCAGAGGAAAAGGAUUUUAAGUUGAGAAGAAAACCCUCUACAAUCUGAAGUUUUUACUACAGGGAAACACUGUUAAUCAUCAGUCAGAGGAGGAAGACUUCAGUGGAGGGAAAAGUUAGUUCAUGAAGUUGAAGCAGAUGGUAAGAGUGAUGGUGGAUGAGGCGCGUGGAGGCGGAGUCAGGAAGCCAUCUGCUUCUCCAGGAGUUUAGAAGCUGGAGGUUCCUGCGGUUUGCAGGAGUGUGUAAAUAUGAGUGCUUCACGUCUGCUUAUGUAUAGUGCUAUGAAGGUGUUUAGAAGGAACUGAAGACAUUCUUUGAGAGUUCUAGUUUCCAGAGCUGACCUGAUGACCAAAGCCUUGGUCACCCCCCCCCCCACUCUCUUCAUCCUGCAGAGGAUGCCUUAAAUAGUUCACCUCUCCACCCUCCACCCCUGACCUCUGUUGUGGUGAAUUCUUCAUGAGCACAUCCCGCCUGUGGUCCGCUACACAGCCGGUUCAGAACAAGUCGGCGCUGGUUCAGUCCGUUUCACCCCCUCCCCCAGCUUUGUGCAGCUUUUGAGGAGACGACCCCUCAGGAGCUCUGUGUUCUGUGAACAUCGGCCGCACGGAGGCUGGCGAGGGCCGCGCUGCUAUGACCGUUUUCAAACUCACAGCGGCGUGUCAGACAGACCAGAAAAGCACAGUAUUUUUAAAGAUUUGUAUAGAGUUCUAUGAAAUUUUAUAGAGGUUAUCUGAACAAAAACUGUUUAACUCUGAUGCUUGAAUUGCCAAAAACCAGAAAUACUAUAUAAGUAGAUACAAAUGUGGAUUACUAUUAUUAGAAUUAUGGGUUAUGUAAGAAGCAAUAUUUAUUCUGAAUGAUUUCCUUGGUUGUGUUUUCUUUUUCAUUUGAAAGUGACAUAUCAUGAUGCAGAAACUCGUCAGUGUUUUAAUGAAGUGUUGCCUAAAGUAGAUCCACUCUACUGCAGUAGAUUUCUCUCUUUUUGGCCCAUCAAGUGACCACAGAAGUCGGGUUUUUCCCGACUAACACCGUCUGCCUGCUAGAGCUUACAUGUGAAGCCCCCCCGAGAGAGCAGAGAGGGAGGACCGUCUUCAAACUGGACGCAGAGGCUUCUUCACGGGACGGGGGGGGCACUUUUCUCAUUGUCCUGCAUUGGGGUGACCCUUUCUUUGAAUCUUUUUUUCUCAUAAAUAGAUUUGAUUCUUUAAGUCUUCAUAGGGGCUAAGAUGUUUUCAGUAAGUUGUGCAGAGACUUGUGUUUAUGUUUUCUAUGUUGCUGUAAUUUUGUGCUAAUAAAUCAUCAUAGAGUUGAUUAAUUACUGAGAUGAAAAGAGAGAAUUUUCCUCUUCACAGCACUCUUCCUCCCCUUUUGCCCACUUGAUUACCAGAGAUUUCAUGUAUGGCAACCAAAAUUCACUGUAAGAAAUAAAUAUGAUAUUGCACUA